ACAAGAUCUGUGCCAAGUUCUCCGGCAGGACUACUUCAGUGGACUUGCGGUGCUGUUUAUACCGCGGACUGUGGGAAGGCGCGCACACUGGGGUGCCUUACCUGUCCGCACCGCCUGCAGCGCUGGGCGUGGGGAGGUAACGUGAUCGGCGGAGCGCCUGGUUUCCACUUACAAGAUGCGUGGGAUUGGUUUAGAGUGAACACGGGCCUGAAGGGUUAGGUUAUACGUCUAUUUAGAUUUUUAAACUUAUUUUUCGUCAUGAUGGCAACCGUGAUGUGCCCACCUCCGUGGUAGGAAACGCACACCGCGGUGUCCGGUGUACCGAACAGCGCUUUACAAUUGAUUAAUUGGAUCCGGUUGCAGAUGACUUCCUGUCCGUAGAUGGGAUUAAGCAGGACGAGGGGGAGAGCCCUGAGAGCUGAAGGAGGGUGAUGUGUAGCCGGUUGGCUGUUUCCACAAGCUCCACCCUGCCCCUUGACGGACAGGUGCCCGGCGUCCUCGGGGUGUCGGGAGCUACUGUAGGUCGCGGAGAGGAAAGUACGCCGGAGUUUCAGGGAGAGGCGAGGCAACCGGCCGACAGGUCUGGGGCGAGAAGAGUCUUCAGUCGCAGGUCGAAGAAGAGGGGCGAAUCGUGUCAGGUCUGUCUUUCUCCGUACGGUGACAUCUUGCAAGACGAAGAAGAAGAAAAAGAAGAAGACCAUGACCAUGAGCGUCGCCGGCUUGCAAAGGUGGAAAACGACAGGUGAAGACUGAGAGCUGCGUGCACUGUUGGGCAGAGCAGACGGGACUACGAGUGGGACACGGGCAAGGUUAAAAACAACAACAACAACAACAACAACAACCGGAGACACAGGCACAGACGUCGUGGCUUGUUUGUUUUGGCUUUUUUUUAUAAAAUUCCCAUCGUGGGUUUUACCCAGAAAAAAGCCGCCCUCCCGAUUUCAAUGGAGAGCAAAGCGAACGGGACACGCGGAGCGCACCGCGGCGAAGCUGACAGGAGCAGGACUACUGCGAAAGAUCGGGUGCAAAGGAUUGAUCCCUACGGCUUUGAGAGAUCAGAAGACUUUGAUUAUGACUCUUAUGAGGAGUUUAUGUCCACCUACCUCCAGAUCCUCACCAGGAGAUCCAUCAAGUGGUCCAAGCUCCUACAGGGAAAGAGCAAUGUGGAGAGAAACCUAAAAGUGAAGAGGUACGUCCGGAAAGGCAUUCCAAACGAGCACCGCUCGCUCAUCUGGAUGACGGCCAGCGGGGCUCAGGAGCAGAUGGAGAAGAACCCGGGCUACUACCGCAAGCUGCUGGAGGCCGAGCACGACGCCAAGCUGGUGGACACCAUCAAGACAGAUCUGAACAGGACUUUCCCUGACAACAUCCAGUUCCGCAAAACUGCUGAGCCCUGCUUACAGCAUGCACUGUUUAAUGUGCUGGUAGCUUAUGGCCAUCACAACAAGAAUGUGGGGUACUGUCAGGGCAUGAAUUUCAUAACCGGAUACCUGAUCAUCGUCACCAAAGAUGAAGAGAAGUCGUUUUGGUUGCUGGAGGCCCUGCUGGGACGAAUACUACCUGAUUAUUACACUCCUGCCAUGCUGGGCCUGAAGACGGACCAGGAGGUGCUGGGUGAGCUGGUGAGGCUGAAGGUGCCAGCAGUGUCCCAGAUCAUGGUCCAGCACAACGUCAUGUGGACCCUGGUGGUCUCCCGCUGGUUCAUCUGCCUGUUCAUCGACAUCCUACCUGUGGAGACCGUUCUGAGAAUCUGGGAUUGCAUGUUCUACGAGGGAUCAAAAAUAAUCUUCCGCGUGGCCUUGACGUUAAUCAAGCACAACCAGGCUUUAAUCUUGCAAGGCAAAAACUUCCCAGAUAUCUGUGACAAGUUCAAGGAGAUCAUCCAUGGGGCGUUUGUGGAGGACUGUCACGCGUUCAUGCAGAAAAUCUUUACAGAGCCUGGAAGUCUUUCCAUGACAACAGUCAACAAGCUCCGUGAGAUGUGCAGAGCCAGAAUCCUGUCCCAGGAACAGUGACUGCUUCCAAACUGAGCAACUAGAUGCUGUAGCAAGAUUCUUAACAUUCCAGUACAAUAUCUUUUGCACUGAGUGUAAAACUUUUACCAAUUUCCAAGACUGUUAGGUACCUGACCAGUUUACGGCCUUUCAAAAGAUUGUUGUACAAAAUCUGCACUGUAGUGUAUGAAUAGAUAUAAGUUUAACCAAAUGACUAAAUAUUUGAUGUGCACUGGUGAUUUAUGCUGAUUUUGACUAGUCUUAAGCCCGAGAGAGUACUUCUGAAGGGUAAAAAAAUCUCUAUAAAAGUUCAUCCUUUUUAAUCUUCAUGCCUCUGCACUUUACCUAUUUUAGAAUGUAAGAGUUCAUUAAGGAUAUUUAAUAUGGCAUUUAUCAACCAUUGUCAAUCUGUAACAUUGGGUCAUCUUUCUGCACUCUGCACUGAAGUUAAAUCAGUCCCUUCAGUUUAUGUAUCUAAAUCAAUCAGCACUGCUAGGGGAGAGAUCUUUUACUGUAUCAGUCCCAGACUGUUAUUGUAUAUUUGUUUUUAAUUGUUUUAGUUUGUAAAAAAAAAAACAUGAUUUAAGAUCUGUGACAUUUCUAUUCAGACUGCUCUUUUUAAUGUAUGAAAAGAUCGGGGUUGAAAAUUUUAUCACUUUUCAUAUGCUGUCUACAAUCGGCGAGGCAGUGACGAUUUCCUUUUAAUCUUUUAUAAUGGUGAAUCUGAUAAAUGUUCUGUAUUUUAGAUGUAUACAAUACUUGAAUUUUCUUCUCCUGAAUACUUAUUUCUGCAAAUGUAGCGUGACCUAUCAAAUAGGAUUACUUUUUUAUAAUGGAUGUAGCGCUGCUGAAGUAUUUUUUUUUGUAUUCAGUAGAUGUGUGCAGGGCACUGUUUAAGAUUUGUUUUGUAUAUGCAUUAAAAUUAAGUCAUGAA